ACCUGUUGCACUUUUCGGUCAAUCAUUCUCCACUUCAUGCCCCAGUGAAGGCACCUCUGCAGAGGUCAGCUUUGGGUUUAUAAGCUAUUUGCUGAGCCACACCAGUGGUUCUGGGAGGAGGAACUGAUCUGGGGAGACAGGGAAGCUUCUCAUUCUCAACCCAUCCUCAAAGACCAGAGAAUCGCACAAAGUGAUGAGGCAGCUCCUGCCAGAGACAGAGCUGGCUCCUGCUGCUGCCCUUGCCCUUCUCUGUGGUUCUGCAGCAGCUGUAGUGGUCUGGAAAUGGCUGGGCAAAAGACACAUCCAGAAGAAGAUGGAAGAGGCUCGGAGGAUGCAGGAUGAAGCUGUGAAGAAAAUGGCAAAAGCUGUCCAACAGUUCAGGGAGCAGGUCCCCAGUGACAAGACAGAUGCCAUCCUGUCCCUGCCCCUGCUGGAACUCGCUGGAAGGUUGCAGGAAGGGUCUCUGUCCCCCAGGACUGUCCUUUAUACUUACGUACAGAAGGCCCUGGAAGUGACCCAGCAGACAAACUGCGUGCAGUAUUUCAUCCCAGAGUGUGAAGAGCAGCUCCAGGAAAUACAACAGCAGAGGAAGAAAGGACUUCUCUAUGGCAUUCCUGUCAGCAUCAAGGAUCACAUUGGCCACAAGGGGCAUCUUUCAACCUGUGGGCUUGUGAAGUUCCUCGGCACUCCAGAGCAGGAGGACAGUGUCCUUGUCAAGGUUCUGAAGAGACAAGGCGCCAUCCCAUUCGCUAAGACCAAUGUGCCACAAUCCCUCUUCAACUAUGACUGCAGCAAUCUCAUUUUUGGCCAGACGCUGAACCCCCUCAACCACCAGAAGACCCCCGGGGGCUCCUCAGGAGGGGAGGGAGCUCUGAUUGCAGGGGGAGGCUCCCUCCUGGGCAUUGGCUCGGACAUUGGUGGUAGCAUCCGCCUGCCAUCCAGCUUCUGUGGGCUGUGUGGCCUCAAACCCACAGCCAAAAGGCUCAGUCUGUCUGGAAUUAAUGGCCCAGUUGAUGGGAUUGUGUCAGUUCGGUGUGCACUGGGGCCGAUGGCAAGGGAUGUGGACAGCCUGGCCCUCUGCAUGAAGGCGCUGCUCUGUGAGGAGAUGUUCCGUCUGGAUCCCACCGUGCCCCCCAUCCCCUUCGAUGAGGAGGUGUACUCAAGCUCUGCUCCCCUGCGGAUCGGAUACUACGACACAGAUGGUUACUUCCCAUUGCCUCCUUGCAUGCAGAGGGCAGUGCAUGAAACCAGGGAGGCUCUUCAGGCAGCUGGGCAUGAGCUGGUGCUCUUCUCUCCACUUCACAUCCACCAUGUCAUGACUGAACUGUUUUUGAAGACAUUUUUUGCUGAUGGAGGCCGUGCUUGGUUGGAUGUGUUUACAGGAAAUAUUGUAGAUCCAAGCUUAAAACCCCAGGUGAAUUUCUGCAGGAUCCCAAGGCUUGGGAAGAAGAUGCUGGCUCUGAUUCUUAAACCUCUGUUUCCCCGCAUGGCCGACUAUUUGAACGCCUUGGGUGGCAUGAGGUCAGUGAAGGAAAUGUGGGAUCAUCAGCAUCAAAUAGAGGUGUACCGCUCUGAGUUCAUCACCCAAUGGAAGGAACUGCAGCUGGAUGUCAUGCUGUGCCCUGUGCUGGGGCCAGCCUUCACCAUAGGGUUCCCUGGGAAACUCCUCUCUGCCAUCUCCUCUACGAUGCUGUACAACGUCCUCGACUUCCCCGCUGGGGUCGUACCUGUCAGCACAGUGACAGAGGCCGAUGAGGAAGAGCUGAAGCUCUACAGAGGAUGCUGUGAUGACCUCUGGGACAGGAUGCUGAAGCAGGCUGUGGAAGGAGCCGUGGGGCUGCCCGUGGCCGUGCAAUGUGUGGCAUUGCCGUGGCAGGAGGAGCUGUGCCUCCGGUUCAUGAAGGAGGUGGAGACCCUCAGCCGAGCAAAGAGAGCAGCGUAGCCCCUCCAGUCCCACCUCAGCAGGGUGGGAAGGGGGACAGCUCUGCGUCACUGCUCCCUUUUGCAAUCUGAAGGGCAUAGAAUUACAGUAAGGAGGGACGGAAGAAAGAAAAGCUAUUUCCUGCCCCUCUUCUUGCUGACAAUCACAGAUCCUGUUAAAGGACACAGCCAUUUCCUCAGUAGCCAUUACAAGGGCUGUAAGUCUGCCUUCUUAUCCUGUCCUGGCUGAGACACUGCAGGACUCAGCUCUAAAUAGCCCAGCAGCUGAGGCAGAGACCAAAACAUCAGCAUAAAAACUGCAGCACUUCAUCCCAGUGAUGAAGACUUCACAGCACUAAACUUCUUUGUAAAAGGGAAUCUUGCCUGCAUCAGUCUUCCUUUGAAGAAAAAUGAUAAUACCCAAAGACUCCACCUGGACACUGCAGCUUCACAACACACCUGCCCCCCAUUCCUCUGCUUCUCGUUAACCUUUUCCCCUUUUUUUGCACCAGUGGCUGAAAACAACCAGACACUAUUGCUGCAUUAAUAACUAUACAGCAUUCCCCACCAGCACACUGUGCAGUCACACCAACACUUGUCAGAGAUGUGACACAGAGAGCUGAGCUCAAAUGAUCAACAAUCCAUGAACUGCACCUUCCCGAAAGGAUGGAUAUGGGUGGGUGGUCACUUUCAUUUCCAUCUAUGCAGCGUCUUGCAAGAAGCAGGGCAAGGAUAAGGGAAAACUCAGGAGUGUUUUCUUGCUGGCAGAGGAUGCAACUAUGUGGCUAACAGCCCUGCAUGGAAUACAUCCGUGUCUAUCUAUUACACUAUUCUGCCCACAAAGAUAAAAAUAUUAUAAUAAACUUGAGUAACCCUCCACUGAUGGAUACAAUCAUACAAGUGCAAUUAUUACCCAAAAUCAUACACUUUCCCACUGGCCAUUACACAGCACCCAGAACGUGGCAGUUCUCACACCCCUUUCAGCCUCUCUGCCUGUCUGUGGGAGAUGGCAACACAUCCCUCUAUACAGCACUGAGCUCUUUACGCCAGCAGACCUCAAGCAUCAUGAGUAUUUCCAACCCCUGCAGAGGAACAUUCUUCAGAUCCUCUUCUUUCAGGAUCUUACGCUGCUUUUUCUAAAAGCAGACAGGAGAGUAGAGACCUGGUAGAGUAGGAAGCCAGAGAUCCAUGCCCAGCUAGUAUUUAUUAUCCUGAACAUGUUCACAUAAGGUGAAAACAAUUUAGCCCAUCUGAGACAUUUAAAAAGAAAAAUAAAUAUCCUUUAAAUAUGCUCUCCCUGGACAUUCAGGGUGUCUCAUGAUAGCCAGCAAUCGGGAAACAACAUCAGUUCCAAACGUGAUGGCCCAGAAACAUAUAGUGAGGAAAGCUGAGCUGCCCCAAGCCCAGAUCUGCCA